AUGAAGAAUUUCGAAUCACCAAACAUUUAUUCAGUUUUAGCACCUGAUGAUACUGACGACGCACAAAGCGAGGAUACACCAACUACAUCUACUACACGACCUUCCCAAGAUGACUAUUUCGAGGAGCAAAUUGAAGAAAUUAGAUUAAAGCAUUCACUAGGCCAAAAUCCUCUAUACCUUGGAUCGGAUCCAUCAAUUCAGGAUACGAACGAUUCUAAACAUCUUUACGAAUGCCAAGGUUGUACGCUAUUUGAUCGAUGUGAUAUCAAUAUUAGCCGCUACCAUGAAAAACCAUUAAUCCCGAUACAGAACAAAGAAAAUAAAAUAAAGAAUAAGAAUUCUAAACAAAAUUUCAAACCAUUUGAAAAUUUUGGGGAGCUAUUAGAUUCGGACCUUCUUAAGAGUUAUAAUGGUCCCAGUGAUAUUAAGAAUAAUCUUAUGCCCCGCAAAAAUAAUGGAUUUACUUAUUCGGAAUCAAUUCGAUCUCUUGCAUUGUUUAUAUCAUUUGGACAUAAAAUUGAAUAUCCAGUUGAAGAAUUCCAUAGAUUUGGUUUUCAUCCUGUAUUCAAGUCAAUUUCCUACCUCAAAUGCCUCGAUAUAAAAUCCUUACGCAAAUUUGUUCUUAAUUGUGCCAUUAAUUGUUGGGCAAAUGCGUGGAAAAUUGCCAUCGUUUUACUAUCUAAUUCUAACCAAACUCAACAUAUUUCCCACUUGAUUAGAGAAAUUCGAGGUGUUUGUGAUCGACUUGUCCUAGACGUGAUAGUCAUUCAUACAUUACUUUAUCGUGAAAAAGAAAAACGGGAAAAAUGGGAAAUACAGAAGUCGGAGCCGAGCGCUGUAAUCUAUAGAUAUCCCGAUUCUGAUAUAUUGCAAAAUCUAUUAAAUGAUUUCGCGCAAUCCGUUCGAGUUUCAUAUAACGAUCCCGUUUAUUUUUACAACAAGGAUGAACCAUACUAUGAAUUUACAAAUUUUUUCUGGAUUCGUAUUAGAAUCGAUGAAUUUUAUUGGCCAUCCACCGAAAAUUAUUUUCAAGCACAAAAAUUUCAUAGCAACUUUCUACGUGAAACUAUUCGUAAGGCAUGGUCAGCAAGGGAAGCGUUUAUUAUCGCUCGCCGCAAUGAUUGUCAUAAACGGCAUGAUUGGGAAUCUGAGGAUCCCGUAAAAGGAAUUUUCAAGGAACACGUUAUGCGAAAAGCAUUAUUUGCAAAAUUUCGCCAACAUGAAAAACUAAAGUACAAAUUAUUGUCAACUAGUACCGCGCCAUUAUUUGAGCAUACAGAAAAUGAUAAAUAUUGGGGUGAUGGUGGUAAAUUUGGAAAGGGUAAAAAUAGACUAGGUCAAAUAUUAAUGGAGGUCCGAAAUCAAUUAAUGCAAGAAGAAAUCAGUUUGUUAAUGGAUGAAUACAUAAGAAAAAAUGAGAGAUGGUUCAUCACAGAACUUACGGAAUUAAACAAAUUUGAUUAA